AGAUGAACAUUAUUUUUGAAGACGGUUUAGGAAAUCAGCAUGACAUGGAAGGAAACGAAGUGAUAGAGCUUCAAAUGGAGGUUGAUAACGAGAUGUAUCCAGUCGAAAGCGUAACUAAUUACGACCGUUAUACAGAGUUGAAGCCUCCCGAGAAAGAAAUAAAAACGAAAACUAAAACAUUACCAAACGACAAAAAGCAAACGAAUAAGGGAACGAAAGCAUACAAACACUAUAAGGAUGCUGUGAAAGAGAAGCUCUUUUAUUUUGUUGAAGAAAAAGGAACGAGCGUUCGUGCUGCUGCAAUGUCUCUUAAUAUCAAUGUUCGCACAACGCAGGCUGGGUAGC